AUGCAGAUCGAAGCGAAAGUAGGGGAAAUUUCGGUUCCGGUCAUAGCAUCAACUGUCAAGCUCGAGGGGAUUGGACAAAAGUUUUAUAUUGGCAUCGAUUUGACGCAUUUUUUCCAGACUUAUUUGCUAAAAUCAUUUCCAACGGGAAGUAGCUUAGCCGAUAUCGUUUUCACCGUGCAAACGAUGCUUGAUAGUUCCCUUACAGCCAUGAGAAGCAAAAAUGUUGAACCAAUUUUCGUCUAUGAUGGAAUAAUCCAACAUUUUUUUUCGUAUUGCUACAGUUUUCUUUUUUCAACGAUCUCACAGUUCUUAAAGGAACACGAUGUUAAGAUUAUUUACGCUCCAUCUUACUCCCAAAAACAAUUAUCUUACAUGUACAAAAACAAAAUGUUAAAUGCGAUAUUUUCAGAUACUACAAUUGCUCUACAGGAUAUUUCCUCCUGGAUUUCACACAUAAAAUUCGAAACAAUGGAGGCACUAAUAUUCCAAGCGACUCCAUCGACAAUUAAGCAAUUAAUGCAAAUCCCUCAUGCAUCCAAUGCAGUAUUUUCUCAAGUAGACGAUGGAUCUACUGUUAAAAAUGACAAACUCCCUGAAAAUCAGAAUUUUAUUACCCCAUCAAUUAUUAAUUCCAAGGCGGAAUCAUGUAUUUGUGCGGGAAUUAUCUGUCCACCUCGUAUUCCGCGCCCACCAUGCGGUCCUUCCGCUGAAAAUCCCAUCAUUUCACUACCAAGGAACUGUGUUGCAUAUUUAAACGAUAUUAGCGAUAUCUACAUAUCCAUUUUCAAGAACUUUAGCGGUGUUACGCUCUCAGAACUCUUUACAAACCAGGAAUGCCCAAGAAUUGACGAAUUUCUACCAUUAAUGCUGCAACAAAACCCUCUUUCGACACCUUUAGAGGAUAAUAACAGGAUAAUAUCGAAUGUCCUUGCAGCACAGAACAUCGUUUCUCGUAGUUUCACUACAUUGUUUGAAACAAUGCGGUCAAUCUCGACAAACGACCAAAUAAGCGUUCCUUCGACCAACGAUAACAUCAGAAAUAAGGUUAUUACUGAAUCUGUCCGCAGAUUUCUUACUGCGCAUGAAUAUAUCGCUCCAGGUGGUGGAUUAUCACCUUGGGGACGAGCAGUACUUAACUCAAACUCUGGCUAUGAUGUCGUCACCAUUAAUUUCAUAGAGAUGGUCAGAGCUGAUGCAAUGGAUGCAGAAGUCGAUUCGGCAUUAGCCGGAUCUGUAGGAGUUACAGAGAUCAUUGAACGAACAUUUUUAUUCUUUCCAACAAAAACCCCUCCGCCACCGAAUUUGAAAGAAAAAAUCAACACAUUCCAAAAUAUUACGAAACUCAUAAACCACGCUUUGAUUUUAUUAUACCGCCUUAUCGCUGCCGACACUUACUAUGAAUUCGCGCCACAGCCGAACAUACAAGAACUAACUUCUAUACUCGCGGAAGAACCAUUUCGAAAUCAGACCGACGUAACUACUGGAACUCUCAUGAGAUUCCUCCUCGAAGCAUCUGAGGACAGAAUAACACAGUUCGCCGACUCAGUUGAGGACUACGACCAACUUUUGACUGAUGUAAAGUCAGCAUUUAAUUGGUGGAACAGUCUGAACAGGGCAACAAGGGAAUUGAAGCAGAGAUCGUUGAAGCCGAAUUCAAGGGUCUCAAAUCUGAAGAAUUUCUUGAUUUUGUUCGAAUGCGCAGAUCAAUUUGUUCAAAAGCGAAUGGUUGCGGUACAAAGUAUACUUGAAUUUUAA